AAAUAAAAAAUUCUCAAAAACCACACUCCUAAUCCCAACCUCAGUCAAUCAAUCAUUGUCAAAUUACGUUCUUUUGCUAUAAAUAAUUUCUUCUUUCUUUUUUAUUUGUCUCAUUAUAACCAUUUUAACGGUUACACUCUACAGUCUACAGUCUGCAUCCCUCUUCACAUAGAAAGAGUGGAAGAAACAGAGAGAAAGCAUAAGAUUAACCAAGGAAAGAAGCUGUUUGUAUAGGUUUUAGGCAACCAGAGAAAAAAAAACCAAACACCCAGAUGGAAUUUAGCUCCUUUUUGACGUCCUUAGGGACUUCAUUUAUAAUAUUCAUAAUUUUGAUGCUGCUCUUUACUUGGCUGUCGGCAAAACGAGGGAACGCGGUGGUGUAUUAUCCAAAUCGGAUCUUGAAAGGUUUGGAACCAUGGGAAGGCGGUUUAAAGACACGAAACCCUUUGGCUUGGAUACGAGAAGCCUUAUCUUCUACUGAACAAGAUAUUAUAAACAUGUCCGGGAUUGACACUGCCGUCUACUUUGUCUUCUUGGGCACUGUACUGGGAAUAUUGGUUUUGUCUGGCGUGGUACUGCUUCUAGUUCUUCUACCCACUGCUUCAACUGAUGAUGAAGUAAAGAAAAACGCAAAGAGCACUACUAGCAAGGGGACUUUCAAUGACCUAGACAAGUUGUCAAUGGCGAAUAUUGAAGAGAGGAGUCCAAGGUUGUGGGCAUUUCUGAUAGCUGUAUACUGGGUCUCUCUUGUCACCUAUGUCCUUUCGUGGAAGGCUUAUAAACGUGUUUCUGCACUAAGAGCUAAUGCUUUAAUGUCUCCUGAAGUGAAACCUGAGCAAUUUGCUGUUCUUGUUAGAGACUUGCCUGAUGUCACUCCAGGUCAAACUAGAAAGGAGCAGGUCGAUUCGUAUUUUAAAUCUAUCUAUCCUGAUACAUUCUACAGAUCACUGGUGGUAACCAACAACAAAAAGGUUGACAAAAUCUGGGCAGAAUUGGAAGGAUACAGAAAGAAGCUUGCACGAACUGAAGCAAUAUACGAAGAGUCGAUAAGGAAAGGCAACUCGGAAGGGAAGGGACCGACCAACAAAACCGGCUUCCUUGGUCUCUGUGGUAAACAGGUAGACAGCAUUGAGUACUACAAUGAAAAGAUAAAAAAAAUGACACAAAAAUUGGAAGCUGAACAAAAGGUGACCCUCCGAGAAAAGCAGCUCGGAGCUGCUUUAGUUUUCUUUACCGACAGGGUAACUGCAGCCUUGGCUGCUCAAAGCCUGCAUGCUCAAAUGGUAGAUAAAUGGACAGUAACAGACGCUCCCGAACCUCGUCAACUUAUAUGGACCAAUCUGACUAUCAAGUUUUUCGUAAGGAUAGUUCGACAAUACAUGGUUUACGUCCUCGUGUUUCUGACUAUAGUUUUUUAUAUGAUUCCGAUUGGUUUUAUCUCUGCAAUCACAACCCUUGAGAAUCUGAGAAAACUUUUGCCAUUCUUGAAGCCAAUUGUUGAUCAGGUUCAAAUAAAGACAGUACUAGAGGCAUAUCUUCCUCAGCUUGCACUCAUUAUAUUCUUGGCAUUACUACCCAUGUUUCUUUUGUUUCUAUCCAAGAUAGAGGGAAUUCCAUCAGGGAGCCAUGUAAUAAGGGCUGCAUCAGGGAAGUAUUUUUAUUUUAGUGUGCUGAAUGUGUUCAUUGGGGUUACUAUUGGUGGAACUUUGUUUGAUACAUUGAAGAGUGUUGAGGAAGAGCCUAACUCCCUUGUUCCUUUGCUGGCAAAAAGUCUUCCAGGCAAUGCAACUUUCUUCAUCACAUUUGUGGCUCUAAAGUUCUUCGUCGGUUACGGGCUUGAGCUUUCCCGAAUAGUUCCCCUAAUCAUAUAUCAUCUGAGAAGGAAAUAUCUUUGCAAGAGUGAAGCAGAGAUAAGAGAAGCUUGGUUUCCUGGAGAUAUUAGCUAUGCCACUAGAGUUCCUAGUGACAUGCUUAUCAUCACCAUUGUUCUGUGCUACUCAGUUAUAGCUCCUGUGAUCAUCCCAUUCGGAGUACUUUACUUCGCCUUGGGUUGGCUUGUUCUCCGGAAUCAGGCACUCAAAGUCUAUGUUCCAUCAUAUGAGAGCUAUGGAAGAAUGUGGCCACACAUGCAUACACGAAUAAUGGGUGCCCUGCUGUUAUACCAAGUUACUAUGUUGGGUUACUUUGGGGUGAUUCAGUUCUACUACACUCCCAUCCUGAUUCCGGCACCGAUAUUGUCUCUGCUCUUCUACUAUGUCUGUAGAAGGAAAUUCUAUAACGCAUUUUGUCACACGGCUCUUGAAGUUGCUAGCCAAGAGCUGAAGGAAACUCCGAACAUGGAACUGAUAUUCAGAUCGUAUAUCCCGCCGAGCUUGAUUCCUGAGAAGCAAGAAGAUGAGCAGUUUGAAGGUGCUUUAUCUCGUGUUUCAAGAACAGGAACAUUUGUUUGAAGUACAUCUUUUGUGUAUUUCCACCACUCAGAUGCCGUUCUGUAACUUGGAUUGUCUGUUUAUAAUGUGCUAUAUAGGUUGUUUGUUUGUAACAUAGUCCUUUCUCCUCUGGAUCCUUAGCUCGAGUUUGUUUAAUCGUCAUCUCGUUCAGCUUGGAUACACUUCAAUAACUUGUCAAUUAUUUUUCAAGCUUUCUUGAUUGCUUCAUUAAAGGAGGCCUUCUUGUUUCCA